AAAAAAAAUCAAAACCACUCAAUCGACAUUCCUUGCCACCUACCCCAGUUCCCGAUAAAUAGCUGAAUUGGACCAAGAUGAAAGCGCGAUCUUGGGCCAUUUUCGCCUUUAGAUCUUGCACGAGCACAAAUGUACCUUCCAUUCCACCGUCCCUGGCCAUGAUGAACCGAUGCCGACAGUCAAUACCACGAUUAGAGCAAGUGCUUGCUAUACAGCCUGCAUUCAGUAAACUAGCCUACUCAACCGCAUCAGUAUCUAAGCCAAUGGACACGGAUUUGCUGAAGAAGCAUGAUAGCGAUCUAUCAUCCCUCUCCAAGAGUACGUUGGUCCUGUUCCUGUCGAAACGAGGGUCUGUACAAGAAGCUCACGAUCAGAUAUUGCGUAUUUUCGAGGAUGGUUCUAUGCCUACCAAUGCCGUUAUAAGCCAAUACUUUAGCGCCUGCUUUAGUGCCAACGAUAUUGACCGUGCCCUGGAAAUUUACAAGAUAUUUUUCCGUCGUCUGCGCACACUUCGUAGACCCAUAUCAAACCGAUUUGAGCGAACUAUUAUCAGCGUCUGCUCCAUGAUGAUCAAUCUAAUCGACAAAAAUACCGAGCCUAUGGAUAUCAAUCAAAUAUGGUCUAUCUAUGAAGACAUGAAGAGCUUGAACAUUUCCCUCAAUACCGCUUUGUAUAAUACCCUUCUUCGAAUUCUGCUUGAACGUCAAGAACAUUCCCAGGUACACGCGGUCUACGGCGAAAUGUUGGAGAAGGGACAUACACCGACUCUACACACGUAUAGUAUGUUAAUGCUCUCCAUGGCGAAGCAAGGUGAUAUGGAUGGGUUUACCAAAUUGCUGGAUGUCAUGCAGAGUCGAGAUAUGUAUCCGGAUUUCAUAGGCUGGUGUGUCAUUAUGAACGCGGUUGGACGACAUGGCAAUAGCAGUGGAGUGGAUCAGAUUUACGAAUAUCUGCGAUCUACCGAGAUUCCCAUUACGUCGUGGAUGAUCAACGAAAAAAUGCAUUCGCUUUUAUGUCGCAAGAUCAACGCUAAUAUGAACCAUCGCAAACGUUUGCAAAGGCUAGAGAAUCUAUGGGAAGAGGAAUUUGGAGCACCGCUGUUGGCCACUGAUCCUGGUACUUUUACUACAAUUCAUCCAGAUGCCGUCUCGUAUACCAUCAUGAUGAAAGCUAUGUUAUAUGAUGCGCCAGCUAGGGCUUUGCAGGAUAUCCCCAAAAUACUAGAUAUCAUGGACGCUCGUGGUCUACCCCCCGGUUAUCAAGCCUUGAUUCACUACGUUGGCGUUUGUAUAAAUGAAAGGAACACCGCUCAUGCAAAAGAUGCCAUUGUUCGAUUCCAAGAAAAAUAUAACAUAACACCGGACGAAAAGAUGUGGAGACGGAUCAUUGGUGCUAUGGCUUCCGAAAACAAUAUUUCUGGCCUGGUCUGGGCGCUGGACGCUCUCACUGGAUCAAACUAUGUCACACGCAAGGCGACCAUUGAUUUUGCCAUUCCACGAAAACGUCCAGCACGAUACAGAUAUCACCUAAAAGAGGAUGAGCUCAAGCAAAUAUUACCGCCCACCACGUUUCUUAACAAUGUAUUUGGUCCCAAAACGCUCGCAUUGGUAUUUAAUGCCUUACUUCAAUCCGAUACCCCGGCUCAUACACUGAACCAACCAACCGCCGAACUUGUGAUCAAUGCUUGGAAUACUCUUCAUAACGUAGGCGUCUACAUACCCAAAAAAAUUGAACAAACCAUUGUUACACCUGGUUUGAUUGCAAAGGGAUUAUUGAUACAUGAUAUUGGCGAAAAGCUUACUCGUCAUCAGUAAUCUUUUUCAUAGCAGUGUUAUAUACAACUUUAAAAACUUUUUUUUUUUUUUCAUUUUAAUAAUAAAUUCACCUGUAACAUUUUGACAAACAACA